GGAGAAGGUUACAAUUAUUUGUUUUCGUUUACUAAGGGAAAGUAAUCUAAUUUAGUUAUUUCUUUAAGAAAUUUCACCUGUUAAGUUCCUGUGACUUCCUUUUUCUUAAUCUUGUUCUUUUUCAAUAUUGAUAUGUCUGUUAACCGGUUUAAUGGCAAGUUCAGUUCAAUGGAAAGUAAAACACCAUUUCUAAUAGGAGUGGCAGGUGGAACAGCUAGUGGAAAGUCAACAGUAUGUGCUCGUAUUAUGGAAAAACUUGGUCAAGUUGAUGUUGAUCAUACAGAAAGAAAAGUUGUUACUAUUAGCCAAGACUAUUUUUAUCGAGAACUUACUCCUGCUGGGAAAGCAAAAGCACUGAAAGGGCAAUACAAUUUUGAUCAUCCUGAUGCUUUCAAUGAGGAAUUGAUGUUAAAAACCCUUCAAAAUAUUCUUGAAGGAAAAAAGGUUACCCUACAUACAUAUGAUUACCGCACUAAUUCAAGAUCUGAAAUUAUGCAGACGAUAUAUCCAGCUGAUGUUGUACUUUUUGAAGGAAUUCUAGUUUUUUAUUUUCCUGAAAUAAGAAAUUUGUUUCAUAUGAAGCUGUUUGUAGACACAGAUUCUGAUACUAGGCUUGCUCGUAGAGUUCCACGUGACAUUAAUGAAAGAGGAAGGGAUUUGGAUCAAGUUUUAAAUCAGUACAUGAGGUUUGUGAAACCUGCAUUUGAAGAAUUUUGUCUUCCUACAAAAAAACAUGCUGAUGUUAUCAUUCCAAGGGGAGCAGAUAAUACAGUUGCAAUCGACUUGAUAGUACAGCAUAUCCGAGACUUCUUAAACAACAGGGCUGAAAUUUCAAAAUCUUUAGCUCAUAACUCUCCAACGAAGAGGGCAACCUCUGGUGAUGCACCAUAUGGGCUCCAUUAGAUUAUUUGCCAUUGAGGUGUUCCUAUGUAUGUCUCUCUUUGCCCCUCUAAUUAAAAAAUUAAUUCAGGCCUUUUUCCCCUCACUUACCAAAGCUUCUAGUCUCGAUUUGAUUCACUAAGUAACAUAUCGUCUAAAUCUUUUAAUAAACUUAAAACUUCAUAAUAUGUAGACUUGAUAAGCAGUGUCUCAAACCUCAAUCAGCAAAUUUUUUCACCAGUGAAAUGAAUCAUUUCACCUUUUAUUUAAUUUUAGUAAGUGGCGAUGGAGCUAGUGAUAAAAUUGAUUUACUGUUUUUAACGUGGACCUACAUUUCUUUUUUUCUUCCGGUACCUUUUCAAUUCAUAAAAAUAUGAUUUAAAUAUUAGUCAUUUACUUCCAAAGUGAACCUUAAUAGAUUUUUUGUUAGGAAAUAAAAAUAAGCACAAAUUCAUAUGUAAGAACAAGUUGAUUUCAUUCCAAACCAUUAUGGCUUCAAACUAUUAUAAAAUGAGAUCCAAAUUCUCAUUUUAUUUAUAAAAAUUACCCUAAUCUUCUAAUUUAUCUGUUGUAGGUUAUUAAUAAGGAUAUUAAUUUAUCAUUUCAAAACUAUUUACAAAGUUAGUAAAAUAGACCUGUCGCUGAUUGAUGAUAUGCUUAUUUUUGUUUGAAGGUUUUAUUUUACUAUUUGAAGAGACCAAGAAAGAAAUGAUUUUAUACUCGUAUUGUGAGCUCUCCGUGGCAUGGAAUGGAAAAAUUGUCACUAUUAUUUGCUAUUAAAUACAAAUUUCAAUAUAUUUAAAAAUGUAAUUUGUUUUGUUUUUUAAACUUGAAAAAAAAUUGUAGCCUGAAUGUGCAAUUUUAUUAAUUUUUAAAAUAUUUUUAAUGUGCUUGUUAUUCAUUUUUUAUUGUUUUAUUAUUU